ACCAAGAAAAUUUAGUCAAGAGACAACUGCGUAAUCACAUUGCAGCAGUGUUUUUUCUUGCUGCAGCAGCCGCUUGCGGAGGAGUUCUGCCCACUGCAGCGCUCUGCAGUCUCUGGCCCGCUCCCGUAGGACCCGUCACGGCAGCCAUCGUCGCCCUCUGCAUUCAGCCCAUUUCGCCGCUGUUUCAGUACGGCUUUUAAAGCCUCAGCACUGAUUUUUAUCCGUGUCAGCAGCCUCGAUCUUCGCUCUCUCAGUCCGGCCGCCACUGCUUCUUCCACCUCCGCCUCGGGCACCGCCGCUUCUGAUUUUUCGGUGAGUCUUUUCCUGCGGAGGUCAGGUCUCCUGAUCUCAGUGAUAAACACCUUAGGUGUGUGUUGUCCUUUGAAAAAUGGCCGAGUCAGCCGACCACAAGGAGCUGUCAGAAUCCGGUCAAGAAGAUGCUGGCAAAAAGAUAAUAAUGGAAGGGCCGGGGGAACAUCGAGAGUGCGGUGAAGAUGCCGCUGCUGGGCCUGGAGAUGAUGGGAAGCGCGGCGAAGAAGCCGCGGCUGGGCUAGAGGAAGAAGGGGGAAAAGGUGAAGAUGCUGCCGUUGGGUCCGGGGAAGACAGGGAAAAAGAUGUAGAUACUGAUGAGGAUUCAGACACAGACCGUCCAAAAGGACUUAUCGGUUAUCUUUUGGAUACAGACUUUGUUGAAAGUCUACCUGUGAAAGUUAAGUACCGUGUGUUAGCCCUGAAAAAGCUUCAAACUAGAGCGGCCAAUUUAGAAUCUAAGUUCCUGAGGGAAUUUCAUGACAUUGAAAGAAAGUUUGCUGAAAUGUAUCAACCUUUACUGGAAAAAAGACGUCAGAUCAUCAAUGCAAUCUAUGAGCCUACAGAAGAAGAAUGUGAAUAUAAAUCAGAUUCUGAGGACUAUGCUGAUGAAGAAAUGUAUGAUGAGGAAGAGAUGUGUAGUAAUGAGGAUGGUAUAAUACAUGAGUAUGUGGAUGAUGAUGAUGGUUAUGAGGACUAUUAUUAUGAUUAUGCUAUUGAGCAUGAUGAUGAUGAUGAUAACGAUGACGACGAUGACACUGAGGCUUCUGGAGACGACAACAAAGAAGAAGAGGAUCCUAAGGGAAUUCCUGAUUUUUGGCUGACUGUUUUAAAAAAUGUUGACACACUCACUCCUUUGAUUAAGAAAUAUGAUGAACCUAUUUUGAAGCUCUUGACAGAUAUUAAAGUGAAGCUUUCAGAUCCUGGUGAGCCUCUCAGUUUCACCCUGGAAUUUCACUUCAAACCUAAUGAAUAUUUCAAAAAUGAGCUGUUGACAAAGACCUAUGUGCUGAAGUCAAGGCUAGCAUAUUAUGAUCCUCAUCCCUAUAGGGGAACUGCAAUUGAGUAUUCCACAGGCUGUGAGAUAGAUUGGAAUGAAGGAAAGAAUGUUACUUUGAAAACCAUCAAGAAGAAGCAGAAACACCGGAUCUGGGGAACAAUUCGAACUGUGACUGAAGAUUUUCCCAAGGAUUCAUUCUUCAAUUUUUUCUCUCCUCAUGGAAUCAGCUCAAAUGGAAGGGAUGGAAAUGAUGAUUUUUUACUUGGUCACAAUUUACGUACUUACGUAAUCCCAAGAUCAGUAUUAUUUUUCUCAGGUGAUGCACUUGAAUCUCAGCAGGAGGGGGUAGUUAGGGAAGUUAAUGAUGCAAUUUAUGACAAAAUUAUUUAUGAUAAUUGGAUGGCUGCUAUUGAGGAAGUUAAGGCCUGUUGCAAAAAUCUUGAGGCAUUAGUAGAAGACAUUGAUCGCUAAAACAGGUUAUAUAUGGCCCUGAAAUUAACUGCCCCAGAUCUAGUUACUCAAGAUAUAAGAAGUCCUAUGUUCUGUAUUUUUCUUGUAUUCUCAGUUAAAAUAUAUGUAUGAGAAAUAUAACACAAGUUCAAAUACUAAUUAACUUGACCUUGCAUUUUAGUAGUAGAGUGUUUUCAAGAAAUGUAGACUGUGACAAAUUAUUUAAGACAUUAAUAUUGUAUUGUGUAGUUUAAUCCUUCUGAAGUGCUUCUGUCAUGUAGCUAUUAAUCUGUGGCUGUGACUAUUAUCAAAAAUGCUAAAUGAGGUCAAUAUUUGGAAAGUAAAUCUUGGGAAGCAUCCCAAGGGUUUUUGUUGUUAUUGUUUUAUUUUUCAUUUUUGUGUUUUUAGUCCUUUAGCUAGUGGUUUUAAUUUUGUUGUGCCUGCUUCAUUUCGCAAUAAAAAUACAACAGAAUUUAAAACUUGAUUGCUUAAGAAGAGGCCUGCAUGUGGUUAAGAAUUUCAGGCAAAAUCACAUUUAUUGUUAAUAACAGCUUGUUCAUAGGCUCUUGUAUUUUAUGUGACUGUGAUAAAUAAUGAAACUUAAUCAUACUGAGUUAUUGUUUAUCCGUGAAUUGAUCAUUACAGUAUUUUCAAAAGUUUGCACUACUGUGUAUAAUUCUCUUUCCCUAUAGUAUAUUGAAUCAUUCAUUGAAAGUGGUCACUUUAGCAUUUUGAAAAGAUAUUUCAUGUUCUUUCAUUGCAAAAUAAAAUGAAUACAAAUUCCAGAGUGCUUCAUGCUUAAAAA